AAUUCCAUAUAAUCUCAGGUCCCCUUUCUCCGGAGCCUCGAGAGCCGUUUCAUGAUUUCAUCCAAGCGCGGAACCUGCACCUUCUCUUCCCGCCGCGCCCUGGUUGGUCCAUGAGUCCCGCUUCCUCAUGCCAGGAACGUGGAACUUUUCUGCCUGCGGUAUGUACACACGGGAGCAUCUGUGCAGUGUACUUUUCAUAUUUCUGGACCCAUGUAUCUUUAUACUCUGUACAAUUUACAGUAUUACUCGGUAUAAGGUACACAUCUUCCAUAUUCACAACCCCCGCCCCCUAAAACCGCUCGUCCGAUGUCCGAUGUCCCGGAAAACCGCGAAAAAAGAAAACAAAACAAAAGAAAACCACAACGAAUUCAUCACAUCGCAUCAGCGAUUCAGUCCCAGCUUCCAUCCCAUCUCAUCCCAUCAUCUGUAAGCAAACCCUCAUCUUCCGGCGGCCCCGGGCGCCACCACCACAGGGCAAUUCCGUCCGGCGGAUCGGGUACCAAUAUCAUGGCUCCAGCACAUCGUCAUCAAGGGUCCCAUAUCAUCGUCAUCUGCGCACAAUCAAUAGCAAGAAUAGCUACUGCAUCAGUGUAUCUACCGUAUCUACAACUAUCUAUCUCACUAUCUCUCACUAUCAUCAUCAUCGAUCUCCUAGAUAUGAAACAAAACAAAACAGAAACAAAAGGGUGCAGAAAAAUAAUCUCCUAAUUGAUAAACAUCCCAAUAGCCUUAUCCAUUAAACGAGUCAAAUAUCUGCGGCCCCUCCCGCUGCACAAGCAAUUCAUCCAAAA